GGACGGAAAAGUGGAGAGGCGUCGAAGGUCGCUGAUACCGCACCGGGGUGCAUUGAUAUAACCUCUCCUACAGCAAUCGCGGCCUCUCUCUUCCACUCUCGUUCGCUCUUCACCGCAUACACCCAUCUCUCUACUCUCCAUUGCCUUUCUGGCCUCCACCACAGGCCUCUACCAUGCUCAAGUUCUGGCCGUCAACACCUGUUGAUCUUACCCCCAGGGCGGGUCCGAAUGGCCAAGAACGGCAAAAUCCCUUCGACGCCUCUAUUUCCGCCCAAUCUGCUUACAAGAGCGAUAACGACGAGCGACGACCUCCACACAACCUUUCUACAGGGCCCUUAACUCCUACGACACCCUCAUAUCACCACCAAUUGCUCAACACGUCCCAUCGCCCACUUUCGCCUCCAAUCUCCGCCCCGACUAGCAGUGUCUCUAAUGGGCCUGAUCCUGCACCCCAGUCUCCAGUCUCGGGCCCUUUGACGCCCUCUGCUACCACCAGCGCUGUAGCUGCUCUUCCCACUACAAGUCUUUCUCUUCAUGCCCCAGUGUUCAACAUGCAGCAGCCUCCUCCUCCAAAACAUCUCAACAAGACAUCCCCCUCUUCCUCCGCCUCUUCACCGCCUCCAACCAGCUCACGCAAUCCGUCUGCCUCCGCCUUGACCCUCACCGCUGCGAAACGGUCUGACCUCAACGGUUCAUCGACGCAUACACCCACCUCUGAAGCCACUAAUGGCUCGCAUGCACUCACCCCUAUUCCCUCGACAGCGAAUGGAUCGCCGGGGUCAAGUACAUCAAAGGGGCAGAUUCACGUCAAACUCAUCCAGGCUCGCGGACUCAACGUUCGAUCUUCUCAUGCACGACCCUAUGUCGUCGUUCAGUUCGAGCAGAACGAGUUUGUCAGCAGAGAUCCUACAGACGAAUCUGACAAGGAGGUCAAGGGUGUCGCAACCACUCUUUCGCGUAAUUCGUCAUCCACGGCCCUAACGGCACUCAGUACAAUAAGCAGCAAGGUUGGCAGAGCUGCGGGAAGCGGCGGAUCUAGUGGGAGUACUAGUUCAAGAGCAAGUAGCUCGCAUACACCCUCUUCCUCUGCUGGUUCAGGGAAACCUGGUUUGAGUGUCAUGUUUGGAGGUCCCCGUAUAUCGGCGCAUAAUCCGGUGUGGAAGCAUGAAGUCUCUUUCGAUGUCACGUCUGAACAAUCCGUUAUUACAAUCAAUGUUUACGACCGCGCGGUCAGCGAUCUAGGCUUCCUGGGUACAGUUCAGAUCAAGCCUGUCCUGGUGCACGAGCACACUGUCGACCAGUGGUAUAAGCUCAAACCUUACGAAAACGAACCCAUAACUGGUGAAAUCAGGGUUCAGGUUACAUUCGAAGCUAACAAGACGAGACGCGCGCUCACCCCAAGAGACUUCGAAUUCCUGAAACUCAUUGGCCGGGGAACCUUUGGAAAGGUCUUCCAGGUACGGAAGAAGGACACGAAGCGCAUAUAUGCAAUGAAGAUUCUGUCGAAGCGGGAAAUUAUUGCCAAAAAGGAGGUCGCGCAUACAAUCGGGGAACGCAAGAUCUUGCAGAGAUCCCUCGAGUCACCGUUCCUUGUUGGCCUCAAGUUCUCGUUCCAAACGGACACGGAUCUCUACCUCGUGACUGAUUUCAAGAGCGGCGGAGAACUAUUCUGGCAUCUACAGAGGGAAACGAGGUUCAGUGAGGAAAGGGCACGUUUUUACAUCGCAGAGUUGGUGCUUGCGCUAGAACACUUGCACAAGUAUGAUAUCGUGUACCGUGAUCUAAAGCCCGAGAAUAUCCUCCUCGAUGCAACAGGACACGUUGCUCUCUGCGAUUUCGGUCUUUCAAAGCCAGACUUGCGGUCGGAUGAGCUCACGAAUACUUUCUGUGGUACUACGGAGUAUCUGGCGCCCGAAGUCCUCUUGGACGAACAUGGUUACUCCAAACUCGUGGAUUUCUGGAGUCUGGGCGUGCUCCUGUUCGAGAUGUGUUGCGGGUGGAGUCCAUUCUAUGCGGAAGACACGCAGCAGAUGUACAAGAAUAUCUGCUUUGGUAAGAUCAGGUUCCCGAAAGGCGUCAUCGGCGAAGAUGGUAAACAGUUCGUUAAAGGGGUGAGUAGCAUAUCUCUGCUUCUGUCGCCGUUCUCACGUCUGAGCGCGCCUUUCUUUCUUAAUCCCUCCAUAGCUUCUCAACCGUAAUCCGAAACACCGACUUGGUGCACAACGAGAUGCUGCGGAAUUGAAAGAACAUCCGUUCUUCAAGUCAAUCGAUUGGGAUGCACUUGCACGGAAACAGGUCACGCCCCCGUUCAAACCUGUCGUUGAGUCGGACGAGUCCGUAGCCAACUUCGACCCUGAGUUUACUACUGCCGAUAUCCGAGCUGCUGGGCCUAUUGACAUCUCAGAGAUUGAUGAUGAGGAUCCUUCCGAAAGCUGGGUUGCAUUGUCACAAAGUCAGCUCGGCACGUCGCAUACACCAAACGGUCCUUUAGGGUCAGAUAAACCACCCGUGGCGCCACUGGCUCCGUCAACGCAAAGUAUUGAAGUCCCACAGAAGAAGAAAAAGAAGAAGGAGCGUGUGGGUACGCCUUUAACGAGCUCUGUACAGGAGAACUUCAUAGGGUUCACGUACCAUGGCGAGUCGGUUAUGCCUGAAGCUGGUGUGUUGGCGCAAGCUAAGGAUCAGGAAGAGGAAGCGGUGGAACCUGAGGAACCAGAAAUUCGACCUGAGGAUGAAUUGGAUUUAGAGUCACCUGUCGGGAGAUAUGCACAACAGAGGCGAGGGUUACAUCUGGACGGGUUUGAUGAUGACUUGUCUACUAUGUGAACGUGAAAGACCACCGGGUGGCUUGCAUUCCCCACCCCCUCAUUUCAUGACUGCUUUUCACAACCGGGAUUCGUGUAUCUUUAUUCGCGUCACCAACUCUAUCCGACGAUCUCAUCCAAUGCGCUAUCCAAGCUCCACUCGUUCAUCAUCUUCUUGCCCCGUCCCAUUGGUAUCUAUCUACACAUUGCAUGUUUCACAGCCCACAAUCAGUUUUGUCUAUGGACAAAUUUCCUUUCCUUAUAUAAUCAAUGUCCUCAAGCUUUAGCUCACUCAUCAUUGGGUUUCGUGUUCUUUCAGUUUCGGUUUGUAAGUCAUCAUGCAAUCAAUUCCUUUUGACACUUAUUUGUAGCGGUGUAUGGGUCCAUCUCAACCAGCAUAU